AUGUCCCCCUCGAAUGGCCUUGUGUGCUUCACAAACUGCUUAUUGCCUCUUGAAGAUGGCAGUCUUAUUGAGAAAGAUCUGUGGAUCGAUGAACGACAAGGGACUAUACUCGAUGCUCAGAAAACAUUCUUCAUUAGACAGGAACGUCCAGACAGGAUCAUUGAUCUUGGAGGCAAUAUUUUGAGCCCGGGCCUCCUGGACAUUCAACUUAAUGGCGCUUAUGGAUUUGACUUCUCCGUCUACGAGGGUGACGACGAUGCCUAUCGUGCCGGUAUGCAGCUCGUGGCCGAGAAGAUUGUUGAGACUGGAGUUACCGCGUUGGUACCCACGCUCAUCACGCCCAAUGCCUAUCAGACUCAAGAGAAAUCGCUAUACCCAAAGCUUCUACGUCUGCUAAAGCCCUUCUCCACUGCUAAUUCCGCCACUCUCCUUGGAUGGCAUGCUGAGGGGCCGUUCCUUGAAUACGCGAAGCGUGGUGCACAUGUGCCUUCCUUCCUUCUCGCAGCACCAGACGGAAUCAAGUCUUUUGAGGAAGUCUACGGCGCUGAGAAUUUGGCAGAUUCUGAGGACUGGUUAAUGUCUUCAGACGGUACGCGAAUCGGAGUCAGGAUGAUCACGGCAGCACCUGAGAUAGAAGGUGUUAUGCAAUCUAUUGGUGAAUUGGACAAGCGAGGCAUUGUAUUCUCUAUCGGUCACAGUGUGGCUACCUCCGACAUCGCUACAGGAGCAGUUCAGCAUGGCGCUCGCCUCAUUACCCACUUGUUCAAUGCUAUGCCUCAGUUACAUCAUCGUGACCCUUCGAUCAUCGGGCUCCUCGGGGCAUCCCCUCACCUUUCCAGCUCGUUCUCCCCGAUUACGGCACACUACCCUUCUCUACCCCCGUAUAAUCCCGCGGUCUCUACAAGCCCGGUAAAGACAUCACCUACCGGUUCUCCGCCUGUUAAGGCACUCUCGCGCGCAGCAUCUACGUCCUCCACCACAAGAUCCAUCCACGCGAAGUCAGAGGCCUUCGAUGAUUCCAUGACGCCCCCACAAACGCCCGUCUUGGCAGCAAAUCGUGCAGCAAAAUUCGCCCCGUCUGGUGUUGUGACGCCACUGAGCAUUGGUCAUAGCAGGAAGACGAGCAGGCCUGAGUUGCAUCUAGAGAAGGGCCAGAUUGCUGACAUGGAGUUUGAGCGGCCGUUCUAUGGGCUCAUCGUCGAUGGUAUCCAUUCGCAUCCCAAUUCAGUUAGGCUCGCGUUUUCUGCAUACCCCGAGGGGUGCAUAUUGAUAACGGAUGCAAUGAAAAUCCUGGACCCAAACCUUAAGGAUGGCAUACACGAGUGGAGAGACGGCCAACGCUUUGUCAAAGAAGGUGACAAACUCUACCUCGAAGGGACAAACACCCUUGCGGGGAGCGUCGUUACCCUCGACAAGUGCAUUCGCAACUUCUCUCGCUUCACGGGCUGUUCUCUGGGAGAAGCCAUCAAGUGUGCUACUUAUAACCCUGCUAAGUGUCUUGGAAUCGAGCAUAAGAAAGGCACUUUAAGACCCGGAGCAGAUGCCGACCUCGUCGUCCUUGAUCGGCAAGGUAAUGUUGUCAGCACUUGGGUCAAAGGGAGGGAAGUUUGGAGCAGGCCUCAAGCUGCGUAA